UUGCUUUACGCAGGCGUACGCCACACACGCUCGUGUACUCAUAUGACAGUUCAGUGACCAGAAGUGACAUAGCUCAUCAGUGGGACUUAUCCACUCCCCUGUGUCAAGCAUAUCGCUAUAUCAUAGCUUCACUGUCUUUGGUAGUUCAAUUGACGGACGACUAUUUCAACGCUGAAGGGAAUAUACACACUUUCUUCAACUUUGGCUUUACGUUUAACUUCAAGAUGCCAGCCGAUACCAUGGAGAAAACCACAGCAUCCCCAAUUGCUGGGGCUCCUGCCAGCGGAUCCCAUACACCGGACAAACCAAAAAAUGCCAGUGAGCACAGAAAGUCGUCAAAACCUAUCAUGGAAAAACGCCGCAGAGCAAGAAUAAAUGAAAGCCUGGGUCAACUGAAGACCCUCAUCCUUGAUGCACUUAAGAAAGAUAGCUCCAGACAUUCUAAGUUGGAGAAAGCUGAUAUUCUGGAGAUGACAGUGAAACACUUGCGGAACCUGCAGCGAGUGCAGAUGACCGCAGCUCUGUCAGCUGACACUGCCGUCCUGAGCAAAUAUCGUGCAGGAUUCAACGAAUGCAUGAAUGAGGUGACCCGCUUCUUGUCCACCUGUGAAGGAGUGAACACCGAAGUCCGGUCUCGCCUCCUCAAUCACCUAUCAGGGUGCUUGGGACAGAUGAUUGCCAUGAACUACCCACAGCCAUCUCCAUCGCAGCAAGCUCACCUGGCGCAGCCUCUUCACGUGCAGCUACCGUCAACUUUGCCCAUCAACAGCGCCUCUCCAGUGGGUUGCAAACUCAGCCCCUCAGAGGCAGUGUCACCGAAAGUCUUCGGAGGAUUUCAGCUCGUACCUGCAACCGAUGGACAAUUCGCUUUUCUCAUUCCAAACCCCGCUUUCGCCUCUGCUUCAACUCCUGUCAUCCCCCUUUACGCCAACGCUGGUGUGCCUGUUACUGUGAACGCCAGUCCCAUCCAUGCCAGCUCGGCGCCAACAGCAGCAUCCCCGGUCCAGGGCAUGACGUCCUUUGCCAGUGUGUCACAAGCUGUCAGCCCAGUCAGUGUCAAUGCUGGGACGGAUGGCGAGCCGGUGUGGCGGCCCUGGUAGAUCAUCUUAUGAGACUGACUAAGGACUUUAUAAAUAGCUUUUCGUGAUGGAGAUAUGAUUCAUAUUUCGUUCCGUUGUAGGAAUAAGAUUCCCUUCUUUUGGAUAUGGCUCGUGAUAACGUGUUUAUUUAUUGGCUGAUUCCAAAAUUUGGAUAUUGGUGAUAAAUAUGCUGUACUUUCAAUAGAAGAAUACGUGAAAUGUUUAUCCUUGAACACUUUUUUUAUAUUAAAGAUUUAGUUUUGUACAAAUAUUUCAUUGUUUAUGCCAAAGCUCUGUUUAUACUUGUUUGUCAUUUUGUCUUAAAGUCUAUUGUUGGAUGGUGAAUAAAUAAAUAAACAUCA